UACUUGGAAACCAAAAAGAAAAUCUAGAAUGGGAGCUUUGGAUCAUCUAUCAAACAUGUUCGAUUGUUCAAGUGGAAGUAACAGAAAAUACAACAAACGCAAACAACUGCAGACGGUUGAGAUUAAAGUGAAGAUCGAUUGCGAGGGAUGUGAGAGGAAGGUGAGGAGAUCAGUGGAAGGAAUGAAAGGAGUGACAUCAGUGACCAUUGAACCAAAGCUACAUAAGUUAAUAGUUACAGGGUACGUGGAACCCCACAAGGUUGUGUCUCGUGUGGCUUAUCGAACAGGCAAGAAGGUAGAGUUAUGGCCCUAUGUACCAUACGAUGUCGUGCAACAUCCUUAUGCUCAAGGUGUUUAUGACAGGAAGGCUCCAGCCGGUUACGUGCGCUACAACCAAGACCCAUCCAUGAGCCACUUGACACGAGCCACCUCAACCGAGGUUCGGUACACCACGACUUUUAGCGAUGAAAACACUGGUGCAUGUGCCAUCAUGUGAGGACUACUGUGGCAUAUGUGGAUACUAAGGCUUUUGCUACUAAGCGUAUAAUUUGCUUAUUACUUUUUGUUCAUUGUGGUUUUGGUAUUAAAAAUAGCUCACAAACUCUAUAUCUUGUUUUUGGAAAUUUUGGUCAAAUGCUUAUUUAGAUGUUGUGCAA